AUGUCAAGAGACAGGUUCAGGUCCAUUUCCUGGAACAUCCACCUCAGUGAUCCCGAGGAGGAUGUAGAGAAUGAAAAGAAGAAGGGAACACCAGGCUACGACAAACUGUUCAAACUCAGACCUCUGUGUGAUGAGAUUCUCAACGCCUGCCAGACUUAUUACCACCCGAGGAAGGAGCUGUCGGUGGAUGAAAGGAUGGUGGCGACUAAGGCAAAAACUGGCAUGACUCAGUAUAUGAAGAACAAGCCGACUAAAUGGGGGAUUACACUUUUCGUCUUGGCUGAGUCAAGCAGCGGCUACACCAUCAGGUUCAGCAUUUACACUGGAAGGGCUUACACUCCGAGUGAGCAUGGCCUGUCUUAUGAUGUGGUCAUGGACCUCAUCAAACCGUCCUAUCUUGGCACUGGGUACCAUAUUUACAUGGACAAUUUUUACACCACCCCCAAACUGUUUACGGCCCUGGCCAGCUUGAAGUUCGGAGCGUGCGGCACCUACAGGGAAUGCAGGAAAGGAUUCCCCAGAGAGAGGGGAAACGCUCUCACCAAAAAAAGUGACAAAGGAUCAGUGAGAUGGAUCAGAGAGGGCUCACUGCUGUUUGUGAAGUGGAUGGACUCGAGGGAGGUGUCUGUGUGCUCCACCAUUCAUCCUGCGUAUUCAGGUGAGACGGUGAAAAGAAGAGUGAAGGAUGGAGAUGGAUGCUGGGCUGUGAAAGACGUUCCCGUUCCCACACCAAUCAAGGCCUACAACAAGAAUAUGGGUGGGGUUGAUCUGUCAGACCAGCUCAUUCAGUACUACUCCACCCACAGAAAAGUUGGUAACUGGAACAGGACUGUGUUGCUGCACUUCCUGGACAUUGCCACAACAAAUUCCUACAUCAUGCACCGAGAGAUGAGCAAAACCAAGCAGGAGCAGCCCAUGACACACAAAGACUUCAUGGUGGAGCUGGGGUGUCAGCUUUGUGGCGUGGACAAGGCAGGUGUUUCUCAGCGCAGGAAGGCCGAUCACAUUCCUGUGCCCAUUGUCACGGCCGAAGCCACAGCCACAGAUGCCAGCCUGAAAUCCCCCAAAAGCAGGAAAAGGUGCCAGCACUGCCUCCAAGUGGACAAAAAGAGGAGUGACACACAAUGGAAGUGUCAGGCGUGUAAUGUGGCCCUCUGUGUUUUGGUAGACAGGAACUGUUUUUUUGAAUGGCACAAAUAA